UGUAUAUUAUUUAAAAAUGAAGAACUUUCAAUUUGUUAUUUGUUUUAUUCUAAAUUUAACCAUUUUAAUUCAAACUGCAUAAUUGAAACUUAUAGCAAGGAGAAAUUGAAAAAUCAGCCUUCAACAUAAAUAUACAGGACUCUGAUAUUGUAUCCAUUCAAAUUUUAAAACAUAAUUCAACUACUGCAAUAUUAAUUUCAGAUAGUUCUUUUUUGUCUUUUUUAAUUGAUAAAAAUACAAUUUUUCACAUUUUAAUUUCAAAUCAUUUAAUUUUUAACACUUUAUUUAGAAUUAUUAUUCUUUUUUUUAAAUAGGUCUUUCAAUUUUUUGGUCCAUGCAUUUCGUCUUAAAUAACAAACAAUGUUUCCCCCACUAUAUUUAGGGCCUCAUCAUAGGUCAAUGUAAAUUUUCCAAGUCAUAAGCAAUGGUAUGUUCAACAGUGUUGACCACCAUAUUGUUAAUUAUACUAACAUAACUGUCUUUCCAUGGGUGAAAAUAAAAAAGGUCUUUUAAUAAUAUACAAAGAAUUACAAUUUUAUUAUGAGAAAUUUAACUACGAAACAUUCGUAUUUUAAAGAAGUGUUCUUUAUGUUUACAAUUUUAGCCUUAUAAAUACUGAAAUUCUUAUAUUUACUUUAUUAUUUUCUUAAUUUUUCAUUGUUUUGAAUUUAUUCUGAAGGUAGUCAAAACUUUCAAUUUGAUGUUCUACGAUUACGAAUAAUUACGACAACAAAAAAUAGACCAUUUUCUACCUUUAAAAUUGAGACCAAACAAUUUCGAAUAUUUAAAUAUAAAAUUAUUGAGUUUGAAACUGACUAUCAAAAGGCUUUCAGUAAGAAAAAAUGCCAUUUUUAAAGAUUUAAUAGUCAAAUUGUCCUGGCAUUAUAAAUAUUUUAAUUUGAAACUACAACAUUAUGCAAUUUACAAGAGAAAGCCUUCAAAAGUUAAGACAUUUCAAACAAAAUACUUUCGAAUUUAAGCUUUUAAAGCAAAAAACUUUAGUGUAAAGGCCAGAAAAAUUAAGCUAUUUGAAAAUUGCUGAUUAAUGUAGAAAUAUGACUGUCAUUUUCAUCGUUCAGAAUUGAAGAAUUUUAAAUAUUGUCUAGCUUUAAAAAAUAAUUAUUCUAAAAAUUUUGCAAAUUAUACGAUUUUUAAUUUAAAACUUUCAAAAUAAAUAAAUUGAAACUUGAAGCGUUAAAAAUGUGACAAACCCAAACGUUGUUUGCAGUAAAGAAAAAAUAACUUCAAAAUCGAUGAGGAAGCAUUUUCAUGUACAUGUAAGAGCAAAAAUAUGGACAGAAUGAAUGAAUGGUAGAUUAUUAUAUAAAAUAAUGUUACGCAGUUUCACAAAUAUAUAUUUCAACUAAAUCCUCAUUCCAAAUUAUUUAUGCCUUUCGACAAUUUAAUUUAUUUUGUACGUCAAUAACACGUUAUUCAAAGCAGUUCAAAGUAUAGAACAUUUAAAAUCUUCGCGCCAUUUUGGCACAACUAGCGUAGUCACGUGACUGAGGAAUGAAUCACGUGACACAUUCCAGUGACCAGUUACUAUCUUUUUUCGCUUUUUUCAUAAAAAGAAAUUAAAAACACCUUUCGAGCCUUUAUAAUAAUUUUGUGAACUUGCAUUGUUUUCUUUAGAAAGUGUACAAAGUUGCCACCAUGUAGAUAACUAGAGAGUGUAGUUCAUAAUUCAUUUGUGAAAAAAAGAUAAAUAUGUUAACUCUGAAGUCAUUUGUGACCGGAAUCUGCUUCUAAUAUCUGUGUUUAUAACCUAAAAAUGUACACAAACUUGAUCAUUUUUGUGAUUAUUCUGUCUUGUUUCGUACAAAAUCAACUUGGCUCCGUCUGUUAUCCAAAUUAUUGUCAGAAAGAAACGCCGUUAAACCCAGAAAUUGGAUUACUGUGCCUUUUAACACCCGUAGAAAGAGGAGAAGAAACUGGAAUGAUGUGCCUUUUAACAUCUCUAGGGAAAGAUAAAGAAUGCUUGAAAUUAAAGUUCGAGAACCUGGGGCAUUUACCUCCACCAGGAGUUUCUCUCGUAAAUUUAAAAUUGUCAGCUUAUGUGUUCGUUGAAAGCUUGAUGGAUAAGAUGACUGCUUUCAAUCUUUCCGUAUCUGACAUUAAUUUUCGAAGGCUAGUGACAAGGUAUCAAAGCGUAGGGCAAGAAAAGACGUCGGCAUGUCGUCAUGUCGAAUUUUAUGGAAACACAACUCAAAAGUGGCCAAAAGACUUUUAUAUAUCUUGUCCGUUUUCCGAUGAAAAAUAUGAAACUACUCCAUAUCGUUUAGAAUAUUUGGUAGAAUUCGACAACUAUGAAUAUAGUAGAAAGUUGGUAUUUAUCGUGCCGAGGCAUAGAUAUAUUGAUGAAAAUGUGUUUGACGUGAAAAUGUUUACGCCUUUUCUCUACGUUGACGUUUCGGAUACAGUCUCACUCACAUUAUUUAUUCAACCCUUGCCAGAAAGAUUUAAUAUUUCUGACUACAGAGUUUGGUUGAUAAAUAGUGGUACUGGCAAGGCAAGUGAUGUAAUUUUGAGUGCAGAAAAAGGACAACAUAUUCGACACUCUUUCCUCGUUGAUGAAGGUGUUCAUUAUUUCAAAGUUGCGGCUUUGCAUCCCGACUGUAACCAAUAUGGCUGUUUAAAUAGCACUUCGCCUCUAAUAAGCAUAAAACAAGUUUCGCAUCGCCUUUUGAUAAUGAUCAUCAGCGUUAUUUGGAUCCCUCCAAUUUUAUUCUAUGCAAUGUAUCACGUUUACAAAGUGUACAAAAAGAAAGUGAUGCUGGAGAAUGCGGACGUGAAACCAAAUUGUCUGCUCGUUUAUUCUCCCACACAUCCAGCUCAUGUCAAUGUUAUGAUUGAAUUAUCCAGAUAUUUAAGAGGAUGCAGCAUCAAUGCAAUGAUCGAUUGCUUAGAUAUUUCGGAAACUGUAAGCAAGGAUCCAGGACUCUGGUGUAAUGACGCAUUUCACAGUGCAGACGUUAUUCUAAUAGCAUCCUCUCCUUAUCCAAGCGAGACAAACGUUCCAGUGAUUUAUCGUAACAUGGACAAACAAGCACUCAGAUUGCUGAAAGAAAAUUAUCCCCAAGGAGACAAAAACUACUUCUCGCUUCAGUUUCCAUACUGCGAACUCGAGAGCGUUCCACAAGAAGCUCGACAUUUCAAGCGAUUUUUCCUGCCUGAUGAUUUGGAAAAACUCGUGAAAACUAUUCAUAAUGUUGAAAGCAUUGAAAUUUUUGGCGUCUCUUCUAGAAACUUUAUCGAAGCUGUGAAGGUCGCCAAAAUCGAAGCUAUUCGAGCGGAGGAUAAAAGUUCGAGGAGUACAGACGAAACUGAAAAUCUCUUGACGCCAAUGAGUAAAGAAAAGAUCUUUGAUCUGGACCAAGAAAAAGAGACUGAUGAAAAAGAAAUGGACGUGUCGGAGGGAAGUAUAAGCCCCAAGUAUUUUAAAACAAAUAUCGAAGAGCUUAACUUACUCGGUGAAAAUGGAGAAGGCGAGGGUGAGAUUCUCGCUUUUAUUGCUCAAAACGAUCAAUCGGAAUUUCGCGUCGAGAAUUUAGAUUUGUAAAAUCUAAGUUAUUUACUCACUCAUACUUGUUAGACUGAUAUUGAAGACUACAUUCUACUUUUUCAUUCGAACGAUUACAUAUUUAUUUAUAGAUUAGAGUUAGUUUCCUAUCAGGAGUCCAGACAAAUUUCCAAUUUGAAUAUUGACGAUUGAUUAUAUUUUUUAAAUAUAUUCUAAAUUUAAAUAUACUCCAAUAAUAAAAAUACAGGGUGGCUAUUAGACAGGAAAACUGGGACAGUGAAUCAAUUUUUUGAUCGGGAGUUCUUGAAUUUUUAACUGAAAAGCCUUCGCAAUCACUUCAGCGUUCAAAAGUUUCAUUUUUUGUUCCUAAUUUAUAAUUGUUUAUUUAAUAAUUAAACCAUUUUUAAAUGCAGGUUUUAAGGCUUGAUCAAUUAGAAAUAAUUUUUUUUUAAUAUUCAGUGAUUUUAACAGUAAAACGAUUCAAGUUGAUUAAAUUUGAACAAAAAUGAAUUAAAUUUUUCCAAAAUUGAACAAUCAUAUUUCGAAUUGGAUAAUAUUUGACUGUAGAAAACAUUUAAAAUAAAUCAUUCCAAAUCUGUUCAAAAUUAAACAAUAUGCAAAAUGAAACGUUAAAAAUUACAAUCUCUUUAUAGAAUAUUGUAAAUUUUUUAAAUAAUUUCAAGUUUAAAAAUAAAUAAGUAUAUGUCGUUGACAAUUUGAAAACUUUUCAAGUGGAACUACUUAAAAUUGGAAGCCCCAGUAAUUCAAUGAGUUGUUUAAUAAUUGUUAACUAGUUAACAUGUACGAGUACGACAUUUUAUGUUUUGAACGUUAUAAUUUCAAUAUUUCCACAAAAUUUUCAUUUGUAACUUAAAUUGUUGAAUUUUGUUUAAUAUAAGAAAAUCCCAAUUUGUCUAUAUUUGAUUUUUCACGAUUUAAAUUAAAAUAAUUCAACUUUAAAGAAUUCCAGUAGAAAAAAAAUCGUUUAAAUUUCAAACAUUUAAAUUUAAAUGUGUCCAGUCUUUAACCAACUUUAGAAGCGUUAAUCUUGGAAUUUUUUCUAUUUGAGAUUAUGUAAUUUUUAACUUUGUCUUUUGGACAGUUCAAUUUUAUCACUUUACAACUGAAACAUUUUUAAUUUUUAUAGUAUAAAAAAUUUCUACAAUUCCAGUUGAAAUUUUUUUCCUGCAUUUUAGCGGGCUUUCUGAAUUAUAGAAUGGUGGAUUCUGUACAUGAUGCACAGUAUUGAAUAGACAGUAGUGUUUCUUUCACUUUGUAUAAGUGUGUGAUUUAUUUUAUUACAUGAUAAUUACAAGCAGUUAGUUAUAACGGCGAGUUAAAAGGCCGUAACAUGGACAAUGACUUGGUCGAAAAUUCGGCAUUACGAGUAAAAGGAAGCAAUCGGUUUUUACUUUCGCUCGAAAAAUUUAUCGACCACAAUCGUAAAUUUUUUCAGUCAAAAAUUCAUUCGCAUCCGUUUCUGUUAACUUUUUUUAUUUUAGCACCACAUAGAAUAAUCAUAAAGUGUACUUAAGUGUGACGUGAAAGUAAAAAAGAUUUGCUUCGAAUCAGUCAUAAGAGCCGCGUUACCUACAUUUAAAUUAUGAAAUAAAUUAUAACGAAUUUCGUCGAAGCAACACGAAGUUCCUGUGAGGUGUGCGUUGGAAAUAUUAAUAUAUUUUUAAUAAAUAGAGAGACUAGUGGAAUGUGUGAUUUUAUGCAUAGAUACAAAAUUAAACAUGUUGAUUAUUAGGUAUGGAAAACAGUAUUUCAGAUAUGGUUAAAACGGAAAAUAAAAAUAAUGGUCAGAAUGAAGAAUAGUGGCUAGAAAAGUAGGAACAUUUUUAUACAGUAGGUAACCUGAGUAAUAAAAUAUUUUCUAUACAAUUAUGAAAUACGGGUUUCAAAGGAAGAUUUUUUCUACGAAACUAAUUGUCUUUGAUCAACGAUUGCGUAUAGAAAAUGUAACUAAUAACUUCACAGUGUAAAGACUAAGUGAUUGUAAAAUUUCAUU